AUGGAAGAUGCAAAAGCAAAAGUGAGAUGCAUAGAGAGUGAGAGGGAAGCUCUUCUAACCUUCAAGAAUGGCCUCAUCGAUAAGAAUGGUAUUCUCUCUUCUUGGCAAAGUGACGAAUGCUGCAAAUGGCACGGUGUUGAGUGCAACAACACCACUGGCCAUGUUAUCACCCUCCAGAUUGAUGGUGUGGUUGAUAUGGAUUAUGUUGGUGAAUUGCAAGGUGAGGUUCGUUCUUCAUUGCUUGAGUUGCAUCAUUUAAACUAUCUUGACCUUACUCAGAUCAAUUUUGGAGGCGUUCUAAUCCCAGAAUUCAUUGGUUCCAUGAAACAAUUACAACACUUGUAUCUUAAUAGUUGUAACUUUUCUAGGACUAUUCCUCCCCAGUUAGGGAACCUUACCAACCUACGAACACUUGACCUCAGUUGGAAUGAUUUUGGAGGCAUUCCAAUCCCAGAAUUCAUUGGCUCCAUGAAACAAUUACAACACUUGUAUCUUAAUGGUUGUAACUUUUCUAGGAGCAUUCCUUCUCAGUUAAGGAACCUUACCAACCUACGCGCACUCUAUAUCUCGCAAAAUUCUUUGAGUUCCAUAUCUCCUUUUGUGUUUGGUUCCAUAUUUGGAUCACUUGAAACAUUGCACUUGUCUGAUAAUCAAUUCACUGGUUUAAUGCCAAGCCUGAGAGUGUUUCCUUCAUUAAUAAAACUGGACCUUUCAAAAAAUAACUUUACAGGCACUGUUCCUCUAAGUAUUGGCCAACUCUCCAAGCUUCAACUUCUAGAUCUUUCUCAUAAUUCUUUGGAAGGUUUAGUUCCUCCAAGUAUUGGCCAACUCUCCGAGCUUCAACAUCUAGAUCUUUCUCAUAAUUCUUUGGAAGGUUUAGUCUCUGAAUCCCACUUCUCUAAGCUUUAUAAGCUGAAGUCACUAGAUCUAUCAUUCAAUCCAUUAUUGAUGUUGGAUACUUCCCUUAAUUGGAGUCCUCCAUUUCAGUUGAAGUAUAUAUAUUUAGUCAGGUGCAAUGUGGGCCAAUUUCCAAAAUGGAUUCAAACUCAGAUGAACUUGUCUUACCUUGAUCUCAGUGGUGCCAAUAUAACAGAUGAAGCCCCAAUAUGGUUGUGGAAUAUGUCUUCUUCAUUACAUUACUUAUAUCUUUCCCAGAAUCAAAUAAGUGGUGCAGUUCCAAAUAUCUCAUCCAUGUCCAUUUGGUUUAUGGAUCUUAGUUACAAUCAAUUCUCGGGUCAUAUACCACCAUUUCCUGUCAAUGCACCUUUGAACGGGGAGGUUCCCAACUGCUGGGAGAAAAUGUUCGACUUGGAGAGUUUAAGUGUCAUUGACGUUGAAGGAAACAAGCUGACAGGAGAGAUCCCCAUUUAG